AUGAUAAAUCUUUCUUCUUUUUUUCACAUUGUUAUUUGUGAGAUUCCAGCUAAGUCAGCCCUGGUUGGAUUUUCUAACUCUCUGGCUCAGGAAGGAGCUAAGUACAAUAUAAUUUCUAACGCAAUAAUUCCUACUGCUGGAUCUCGUCUAACGCAAACUGUUCUUCCAGAGACUCUUAUUGAAGCAUUGAAGCCGGAGUUUGUUACUCCUCUGGCUGUAUACCUUUGCCAUGACUCAUUCAGUGAGAGUGGUAAGGUGUUUGAAGCCGGAGCUGGGUGGUACGGCACAUUGAAAUAUUACCGAUCAGCUGGCAAGGUUAUUCCACAUGCGACAGUUGAAGACCUACGAGACAACUGGAACAAAAUCACUGACAUGAAAGAUGCUCAACAUUUUGAAAAUAUGAAAGAUCUAAUGGCAGAAUUAAUUAGUGCAAUGUCGGAGGUUCAGGAGAAUGGGUCAGAAAACCACACUGCUCCAGCUGCUGCAGCUCCUGUAGCAUCAGGUGAUUUCCCUUCACACAUCAAAUGCUCUCCACUUUUCAAGGAAAUGAACGAGGGAGUGAAAGAAGAUCCUUCUUCGGUGAAAAAUAUUAAGGCUAUCGUUCUCUACAUUCUAACUGAUGGAAAGAAGGAGAUUGGAAAAUACACUCUCGACUUCAAGAGCGCUUCUCCCUCGGUCUACUAUGGUGAUGUUAAGAAUGGAGAAAAGCCUUCAACCGUUGUGACAGUAUCUGACAACGAUUUCUUCGAAAUUGCUAGUGGAAAUCUUAAUCCACAAAAGGCAAGAUCCUCCUAA